AUGACUAUACAAACUGAUCUCACUGCUCGGAUUCGUGAAGAUCAGCAAGAAGUGCUCAAACCGGAUAAUCUACAAACUGAAUCAUUGCGUGGAAUGGAAGCGCAAUUAUUGCCAAAGGAAGAUGGAACAUUGUACUUCAUGGAGCGAAUUUGGGUUCCAUUCUUCGGCGAUCUACGCGCACUUAUUUUGGAUGAAGCGCAUAAAUCAAGAUACUCUAUACAUCCGGGAUCCGACAAAAUGUACCAAGACUUGAAAGACUUGUAUUGGUGGUGUAAGAUGAAAGCCGAUAUCGCUACAUACGUGGGUAACUGUCUUACUUGUGCCAAGGUUAAGGAGGAAUACCAGAAGCUAUCGGGGCUGCUGCAACAGCCUGAGAUUCCUGUGUGGAAGUGGGAAUAG